AUGAUGCAAGCGGAGGACACCGAAAGUCUUUCGUGGAUCAGCGAUAAGCCACCAACGACCGAUGGAACGCUCGCAACACAGCCACCGGAUGUGGUAUCCGGUCCAUUUACAUCACUUCCACUCGAUAUGACCGAUACCGACGAUAUAGACGAUCGACGAUCACCGGCAAUGAAUGGUCCCACCGGUACUGGCAGCAAGAAGGAACGUAGCUUCCUGCUGAUGGACGAACAGGAACGGAUAUGUGUCCGGUCGGCCGAACAGUUUUGCAAGCGGCUAUCCGUAUCACCCGAUGCGAAGCUAAAAGUCGUCUCCAUUUUUGGUAACACGGGCGAUGGGAAAUCGCACACGAUGAAUCACGCACUGUUCGGUGGUCGCGAUGUGUUUAAAACCUCCUCGGAACAGGCCUCCUGCACGAUGGGCAUCUGGGCCGCUUAUCAACGACAGAAGAACGUGCUCGCGCUCGAUACCGAAGGUUUGCUCGGUGAGACGGUGAAUGAAAACCGACAGAUGCGCAUGUUGCUCAAAGUGUUGGCCAUAUCGGACAUUAUCAUCUAUCGCACGCGGGCCGAACGUUUGCGCACGGAUAUGUAUAAAUUUCUCGGCACAGCUUCAAAAGCUUUCACGAAGUACUUUUCCGGCGCACUGCAAGCACUCGAUUUGCCCGGCCCACCACAAGCCCUGGGACCGGCGGUAAUUAUCUUUCACGAAACGCACAACACGGAGGUAUUGAAGGAGGAUGACGAUGGUAAAAAGGAGGAAGAUAUUCUGCGCGAGCGGUUUGCCAAACUGCGGCUGGAGCUGAGUGCGUUCAGCUCGCUACGGUACGUUGGCGUCCGGACGUCCAAACCACCGACCAACUAUGAGCUGCUGCGCAUGGUCUGGGAGAAGGAGAUCCGCAACACGGCGGUCCGUUCGCCCCGCUUGCCACGGGUCGUGUUCGAGGCACUGAUGGCACUGAACAAUAAGUUCAACGGUGACCUUAGCCCGCUCCCGUUCAAUGCCUUCCCGGAGCAGUACUUUACCUGUACGACCUACUGUAAGUCGUGCGAUGCCCGCUGCCAGCUGUCGAUGGGCCAUCUCGAGCUGAAGGAGGAUCAUCGUUGCGGCACCAGUUGCAAGUAUCAGCAUCAGCACGAGAACAAGGUGUACCUGUGCAAUCGGUGCUACGUGAACGGUCGCCAGGUGGUGGUCAGUAUUCAGACACAAAAGUCAACCGAUUCGUCCUGGAUGGGAUUGGCACUGUACGCGUGGAGCGGGUCCGUUAUCGAGUGUCCACAUUGCGGGGAAAUUUAUCGUUCGCGUCAACACUGGUACGGCAACAAAUCACCUGAGCAGAAUGCAGUACGGACGGAAAUUGUACAUGUUUGGAACGAUGGCGGUCUACAGCUCCAUGGACCAACACACUCUGCCCAGCUCGUUCUGGACGGUGUGGCUUACAUUACGGAUGCUAUGGCAAGCGUUGGCUCACAACCAACGAAGCUCGUCAAAUCGUGGGUAACGGACAAAAUUCGACCUGCUUACUGGCGGCCGGAUAGUGAAAUCAUUCAUUGCAAAGGAUGCAUCAGUAACUUUGAGCGGCUCGGUUUAAAGAAGCAUCACUGCCGCAGCUGUGGGGAAGGAUUUUGUAACCAUUGCUCCAAGCAUGAGAUGCCUGUGCCUAGUCGUGGCUGGAACUAUCCGGUCCGGGUAUGCAACAGUUGCUGGAAUGAUGGACGAAACGGUGGCACAUUGGGUGUGGAUGGCGCACCAGCUGUAAAUGGAAUCGCAUCGAACGGGAACCACCAACAAGAGCAACCACACCGGAAUUCAGAUCGUGUAAUUGAUGAGCAAGACCUUACUGAUGAUGCUGACCUCCUCGUGACGUCUUCUUCUGCAGGCAAUGGUAUUGAUGAAGCGAACAACGUACUAGUACGGCGGUACGGUGAAGCCGUUAUCAACACGAUCAGCAACAUUGGUGCCGUUCUGGAGUAUCCGAAAGACUUUAUCAAGGAAUCCGCCCGUCCUUCGUACUGGGUACCGGAUGCCGAGGCACCGAACUGCUAUAUCUGCGAGCUUGAGUUUGGCUCUCCGGAAGAAUUGAACACAAUUGCAGCUCUUGGUAAGGCGGCAGCACCACUAUCAUCCGCGGGAUCGACACCGUCUGCAUCGCCGGCAAAACGGGCCGAGAAUGGAAGCGACACCCGUCCGCCUGGUGGAGUAACGCGAGCUGCACAGAGCACUAAGGCUGCCGGUGUUGGCGUUUCAGCAUCACAGCGAUCUGGUUCGUCAUACCGAACCGUCGAUCGGCGAAGGCAUCACUGUCGGGCGUGUGGGAAUCCGGUAUGCGCCGGCUGCUCACAGAACCGUCGUCCCGUACCGAAACGGGGCUGGCUGAGCGAUGUGCGCGUCUGCAAUAGUUGCUACACGGCAGAAGACUAA